AUGAGCCUUUUGUUGACAUGUCUUACAAUGAAAAGACAAAUUAUGCAUAUGAUAAGAUAUCGUUAUAUUCCAUUUACAACUGGCAAACCUCGUCCAAAAGGGAAAGAAGAUAGUGGAAAAGUUGUUAUUGGUUAG